AUGUCCGAGGUCGAGGAGACCCUCAACCGCAUCAAGACCCACAAGGGUGUAUCUGGCAUCGUCAUCGUUAACAGCGAGGGCGUCCCGAUCCGGUCGACGCUCGAGAGCAAGCAGACGCUGCAGUACUCAGCGCUGAUCUCCCAGCUCAGCGCCAAGGCCAGGAGUGUCGUGCGCGACCUGGACCCCCAGAACGACCUGACGUUCCUCCGGAUUAGGUCCAAGAAGCACGAGAUCAUGAUCGCGCCAGACAAAGAGUACAUUCUGAUCGUCAUCCAGGACCCCAACGCCGACCAGUCCAGCUGA